AUGUCACACCGUGUGCCCCCGUGUCACAGAAGCCACACCAUGUGCCCAUUGGUACAGAAGCCACACCAUGUGCCCCUUGGCACAGAAGCCACACCAUAUGCCCCUUGGCACAGAAGCCACACCGUGUGCCCCUUGGCACAAAAGCCACACCGUGUGCCCCUUGUCACAGAAGCCACACCAUGUGCCCCUUGGCACAGAAGCCACACCAUGUGCCCCUUGUCACAGAAGCCACACCAUGUGCCCCUUGGCACAGAAGCCACACCAUGUGCCCCUUGUCACAGAAGCCACACCAUGUGCCCCUUGUCACAGAAGCCACACCAUGUGCCCCUUGUCACAGAAGCCACACCGUGUGCCCCUUGUCACAGAAGCCACACCAUGUGCCCCUUGUCACAGAAGCCACACCGUGUGCCCCUUGGUACAGACGUCACACCGUGUGCCCCUUGGUACAAAAGCCACACCGUGUGCCCCUUGUCACAGAAGCCACACCAUGUGCCCCUUGUCACAGAAGCCACACCAUGUGCCCCUUGUCACAGAAGCCACACCAUGUGCCCCUUGUCACAGAAGCCACACCAUGUGCCCCUUGUCACAGAAGCCACACCAUGUGCCCCUUGUCACAGAAGCCACACCAUGUGCCCCUUGUCACAGAAGCCACACCGUGUGCCCCUUGUCACAGAAGCCACACCAUGUGCCCCUUGUCACAGAAGCCACACCAUGUGCCCCUUGUCACAGAAGCCACACCAUGUGCCCCUUGGUACAGAAACCACAACUUGUGCCCCUUGGCACAGAAGCCACACCGUGUGCCCCUUGUCACAGAGGCCUCACCGUGUGCCCCUUGUCACAGAAGCCACACCAUGUGCCCCUUGUCACAGAAGCCACACCGUGUGCCCCUUGUCACAGAGGCCUCACCGUGUGCCCCUUGUCACAGAAGCCACACCGUGUGCCCCUUGUCACAGAAGCCACACCGUGUGCCCCUUGCCACAGAGGCCACACCGUGUGCCUCUUGUCACAAAAGCCACACCAUGUGACCCAAGGCUCAGGAACCACACCUGGAGUCACACCUACAGUUUCUUGCACCACCACUCCAACACUGACAUUUGGUACACCAACGCUCCAGGUGUAAGCGUGACUUUCAUUACUCAGUUCUCAGCUUCUCCAGCUCCUUCGAUAGCUCAGUUGGUAGAGCGGUGGACUGUAGUUGGUUCUUAA